ACUCAUUUCCGGUUUUUACUGGAAGUCGGUGAAGCUAAAUUUGAAUUCACUCAUUUCAGAGUCAUUUCCAUCGGUAAUUUCCCAUCUUUUCAUACGUAAGAAAAUAACGUUCCUACGUACUGGGAGGGGAGGGGAAUGACCAUAUAUGGACAAUGGGCGGAGGGCUAAAUGCGCAGAAGGGAAGCGGUGAUUGCCCCGAGGUUCUCCUUCCGCCGUCUGGAUGUGGCGAGAGCUGUCACCUACCGCUGGGAGGAAAAUGUCCUGUGGGCUGUGGAAUGAUACUCUGGCUGUGGCCGAGGAUUACCUGUCCACGUGCUGCUGCGGCCCAAAUCCAGCCCCUCCACCUCCCAGCGAGACAGCCGCUGCCAUGAGGCGUCUGGCCCAGGAUAUGGAGACCCAGCACCAGACCCGUUUCCACUCUCUGGCUCAGAACUUCCUGAAGCGCUGCGGGCCAGACAUCUGCUCUAGCCUCAGGAAGGUGAUGGACGAGAUGGCUGGAGACGGACACUUUAACUGGGGGCGGGUUGUGUCCCUCUUUGCUUUUACUGGGGUGCUGAUCAGACAGCUGCAGGAGCAGAGGACCUCCAGACCGGGGCUGGACCCUGGGCAAGAGCUGGAACCGAAGCUCAUCAGCUGUCGGUUGCUGGCGGAGACCAUAGCUGAUUACCUGGUGAAGCACAAGAAAGGCUGGCUGUUGGAGAAUGAAGGAUGGGAAGGCUUCAGCCAGUACUCCCACAACACCAGACCAGUAAGUCUGGACUCCUCCAUGAAGACAGCGCUGGUUGCUGUUGCUGGAGUUGGCCUGGCUGGGCUAACCUUUCUCCUGGUGCGCUAGCCGUCUGUCCCCAUGUCCAACAUGUCCUCAGUCAAGGUUUCCAUUAGGCACAAUUAGUAAAAGUCUGAAAAUGUAAUGUUUAUGCAGCAAAACCAGCUGAUCCAGUUGUGACAUCAUCAGGUAAAUGUUUGCACACGUCCUGAUGAGCGUCAGCGCCGUCCUGAAGAUUGUAAAAUGGAUCUGAAUGCCUUGAGAAAAUGUAGAAUGAUUUUAUUUUCUUUAACUGCAGCUAAACAUUUCAGUUGUGACAGCUUUGGGUUUAGAUCAGAAGAAUAACUGCCUUCCUUUGUUUCCCUGAAUUCGGAUUAAAAAUGUGAUGUGUAGAUUAAUAUAUAAUAUUUAUGAGAAGAACCAUAAAAUGGUUAUUUCUAAUCCACACACAGGUAAUCCCAUUGCUUUCUACAUUUCCUACAUUUCUAUUUGUCAAAUCUUUUUUUUCUGUAGAUUUGACUUUUUGAUGGUGCUAAAACACGCUAAACAGUUCAACCCACCGAACCAGGGACCAAUCGGAUCACGUUUGAUCACUUAUUUACAUAGGAUCCCCUCUUUUGGCUUAAAAUGAAUCAAACGUUAUAUUUUUACAUCAUUUUGUUUUAUUUAUUUAACCAUUUUGUAAUAAAAUAAUUGAAUUUAAAAUUUUCUA